UUGGUGAAAAAUCCAAGCCAACAAACGAUUUUGAGAGCAUUGCAAGAUACCCAAAUAGAGCCUAAUUCUUGUGAAGGAGAUUUGCCACCCAACAAAUGUCUGGAGUUGUGGUUGUUUUCGACUUUGACAAGACCAUUGUUGAUUGCGAUAGUGAUAACUGGGUCGUCGACGAGUUGGGUUUCACUGAUUUGUUUAAUCAACUCCAUCCCACCAUGCCUUGGAACUCCCUCAUGGACAGGAUGAUGAUGGAGCUUCAUUCAAAAGGUGUAACUAUUAAGGAGAUUGAAGAGGUUCUACAUAGGAUUCCUAUUCACCCCAGAGUGAUACCUGCUAUUAAAGCAGCUCAUGCUUUAGGGUGUGAUUUAAGGAUUGUGAGUGAUGCAAACAUGUUUUUCAUUGAGACAAUUCUGGAGCAUUUGGGAAUAAGGGAAUACUUCUCAGAGAUUAACACUAAUCCAGGUUAUGUUAAUAAAGAAGGAAGGUUAAGAAUUUUUCCUUACCAUGAUUUCAACAAGGCCCCCCAUGGCUGCAGCUUGUGCCCACCAAACAUGUGUAAGGGUUUAAUCAUAGACAGAAUACAAGGUUUAUUUUCUCAAGAGGAUGACAAGAGAAUCAUCUAUCUUGGUGAUGGGAGUGGUGACUAUUGCCCAAGCUUAAGGCUUAAACAGAGAGAUUUCAUGAUGCCAAGGAAGAAUUUUCCUGUGUGGGAUUUGAUAUGCAAAGACCCUUUGCUUCUGAAAGCUGAAAUCCAUGGUUGGACUAAUGGAGAAGAGUUGGAGCAUGUUCUCUUGCAUUUAAUCAACAUGAUUUCUUUGGACAAAGGCACUCAGUUUAUAUCAUCUGACUGCAAAACACAGACUCUUUGUAUAUCUGCUCAUGAGCCUUUGCCUAAAGUUCUUCAUGUUCGACCAUAAUUUCUUACUUUAGGAUCGCUCUUAAUGUAUUAUAGCUAUAGUUUUUUUAAAUUAACCUACAUGAACACCACCUAAUGUCACUAAUCUUGGAAUUGGUCCAAGAAGGAAACGUAGAAUUUCUAUCUAAUGCAAUUAUGAGUUUGCUC